UAAGCAUUUACUCCCCUCACAGCUCCCCACGCACUCUGGCUCGUUGCCUUGUUUGAAACCUGUAGUGAGUCAACUGAGAGACUGGGCCUGGUGGACACCGCUGCCAUUUUACUGCUUUUAUCAACUAUCCAGUUCCUCUGACAGCAGCUACUUAACCCUCUGUAUGGCCACAGAGCUGCAGCCAAACAGAGAAGCAUGAGAAACUGGAGCACAAAAUUCAGCAGACAAAAACAUGGAGGUGAAGAUGGGUCUUCUUCUCACAACAAGACCCCCACCAGUCCAGCAGUGCCUAUGUGGGUCACUCACACACCUCCGCCUAACCAUGUGACGGACGACAGUGAUGAAGACAGCAUUUCCAUGAGCCGCACAUCCAGCUCUCCAUUUGAUGCUGAAAACAACAAAAAGAGCAUGAAGGCCAAACUUAGAUCCAUCAUUCCUAAAUCGUUGGGUGGGAUCAUAAAUAAGCGUGCAGGAGAGAGUGAUUCUGAAACCACCAGAACUGGAAUCCAGAUUCUUCCCAACGGGACCAGGGUGAGCCCCCCGGUAAGUCCCUCUCUGGAGCGCAGGAACUGGGAUGAGUCGUCAGGGAACUCCACCAAAGAUUCAAAGAAGUCUUUGAUCAGACCAACCACCCCAGAGUGUUUCUGUCAGAGCCUACAGGAAGAGUCUCUGCUGACCAGCAUCCACCCUGCAGAGUACUACGCCGCCAAGGUGGAGGUCUAUCAGCAGAAGUACUCCUAUUUGAAAUCAUGGCCUGGUUUGCUCAGGCUGUUGGCUGGGCUCCAGCUCCUGUUUGGCGGCAUGGUGUCUGCAUGCGCUGUUGCCUACAUACAAAAGGACAGUGAGUGGUUCAACACCUAUGGGCUCUACAGUGGAAUAAACAACAAUGGGCUUGGACUGUCUGGCUACAGCUACACAGGGCCUAUGACUGCCUUCGUUUUAUCUGUAGCUGGAAUCUCCUGGAUGAUUACUCUGAGUUUGCUAGUGACAGGAAUGACCAUGUAUUAUCGAACCAUCCUCCUGGACUCCUCCUGGUGGCCCCUGACAGAGGCCUUCAUCAACCUGGCCCUGUUCCUGCUUUACAUGGCCGCAGGGAUCGUAUACAUCAAUGACUUGAAUCGAGGGGGGCUGUGCCACAUGACGAUCGGGGUUAACCCCAUCAUGGCCAAUCUGUGUCGAGUUGACGGAGGCCAGAUGGCGGGAACGGCAUUCAUCUUUAUCAAUAUGAUCUUGUACUUGGGAAGCUUCCUGGUUUGUCUGAAGAUGUGGAGGCAUGAGGCUGUUCGGAAGGUCAGGCACAACGCUGACCAAAAGGGUGAGUUUAACCAGUCCAUUUCCCUAAACACACAAAGAACGAAGCAGAUAUCGUUUAAGGAUGAGCCUGAUAAACCUUUGAAUAAAGACAGUAACUGCCAACCUGAACUGCCCCCUAAUGUCCGUAAAUCAAGUAUCAGCCCAAACAGAGUUGCUGUGUCCAAUCAUUCACCCAAAGUACAUGUUAUCGCAGAUUACAUAAUUAAGUAUCCAGAGAUCAGAUCUGAAGAGGAACGUGAAAAGUACAAGGCCGUUUUCAAUGACCAGUACCUGGAGUACAAGGACCUUCACAGAAACAUCAUUACAACCCUCAAUAAGUUCAGAGAGCUGGAUACUAUGGUGAAUCAACUUCCCAGAAAAGGGAAGAGCUUAGAGGAUCAACAGAGGAUUCAAAAUAUUUUAAAAACAUAUCAAGAUAAAAAAAACGAUCCUGCUUUUCUGGAGAAGAAGGAACGCUGUGACUACCUAAAAGCUAAAUUACGGCACAUUAAAAACAGAAUCCUACUUUAUGACCAGGAGACCGGAGCCAAUCAUCAGACAUGACUGGGACUACCAAAUGUUGUCAUUUAAUAUGUUGUUUGCCGUCUUUUUGUUGUGUACACUAGAUAUGUUAUGCAAAAGGCUUUUCACUCCAAACAACAUGAUCUUUCCCCUUAUGAACACCUUCAGAUCUCCAGUUCAUGUGGCCUAGGAGAUACUAAGAGCUGAGGUACAUCAAUGUAAACAGUUUUUUUAAAUAUAUUUACAUUAUUUCAUUUUCAACAGAUUUGUAUGUUUCCAAUGUUGUCUUUGUUGUUGUUGCUUUGUUUUAUUUGUAGGCUGGGUCAGCUUCUUUCCAUUCUGGAAGAUUUGUAUAUUUUCCUAAGCAAAGUAUCAGUCUUUAAACCUGCCACCAAAUCAAAUGGACUAACAUAGAGUACCACAGUUAAGCUGAAAACCAGAUACUUCUUGGCAUUGAGCCCGCUGAAACGUAAUGAAGAAAUAUUCAUUACAUUUCUUCAGAUGAGAUCUAUUUACCAUCAACUUCUCAUUAAGCCCAUAUUUCUGUAUUAAAUGUUUUUUUAUUGGUCUGAUGUAAUAUUCUAAUUUUAAAUAUAACUUUUUUUCAUUACUUGUAAGUGGCAAUCAUCGUAAUUAACAGAAAUAAAGACUUGAAAACAUCAA